AUGAUGCUAAAUCCAAGGUACGCCAUUCCCAAAUUCUCUCCUAAUCCUAUUCUAACUUCUUCUACAUUGUUUCUUUAUCGCUUCUUCAGUCAUUUGCAACGCCACUAUGGUAGAAAAAGUUCUGGGUUUCAUAAUGUAGAUGCUGCUGUUACUCGUUUCAAUUGCUUGAUUCGCGCACUUUCUCCGCCACCCACUUGUGAAUUUGACAAGGUUUUAGGCGCUAUUGUGAGGAUGGGUCAUUAUCCCACUGCAAUUUCUCUUUUUUCGCAGUUUCAACUUAGGGGAAUUUCACCUUCCAUUGCUACUUUCAGCAUCUUGAUUAACUGUUUUUGUCAUCAAUCUCAUAUGGGUUUUGCUUUUUCGUUAUUGGGUACCAUUCUUAAGAGUGGCUAUGAACCUAACAUGGUGACUUUUAAUACAAUUAUUAAUGGUUUUUGUAUGAAUGGGAUGAUUUUUAAAGCUUUGAACUUUUACCAAGACCUAGUAGCCCAAGGGUAUCUUUUUGAUGAGUUUACUUAUGGGAUUUUAAUCAAUGGGUUGUGUAAAAAUGGGCAAACUAGAGCUGCGUUGCAUUUGAUACAAGAGAUGGAGGAACGGUCAGUUGAACCGAAUCUAGUAAUGUAUAGUGCAGUCAUUGAUGGACUAUGCAAAGAUGGACUUGUCACGGAUGCGCUUAGUUUGUGUUCUCGGAUGGCUGAUAAGGGAGUUUUACUUGAUGUUGUCACGUACAACUCUUUAAUUCGUGGUUGUUGCAGUCUGGGUCGAUGGCAAGAUGUAACCCAGUUACUAACGAGAAUGGUGCGGGAAAACGUUGAAAUGGAUGACUUUACAUUUAACAUAUUGAUUGAUGCACUAUGUAAAGAAGGAAGGAUCUUAGAAGCACAAGGUGUGUUUGUUAUGAUGAUGAAAAGAGGCGAGAAACCGGAUAUUAUUACUUACAAUGCUCUGAUGGAUGGGUAUUGUUUGAGAAAAAGUUUUACCGAGGCUAAAGAACUAUUCAAUAGGAUGGUCAAAAGAGGCUUGGAACCUGAUGUAUUUAAUUAUAAUGUCUUGAUUAAUGGUUAUUGCAAGAAAGAUAUGGUUGAUGAAGCUAUGGUUCUCUUUAAAGAGAUGUGUCGUAAAAAUUUAGUCCCUAGUAUUGCUACUUACAAUUCUCUUAUCGAUGGUUUCUGCAAUUUGGGCAGAAUACCACAUGUGAAGGAACUUCUUGAUGAAAUGCGUGAUAGUGGUCAACCCCCAGAUGUAGUCACUUACAAUAUACUGUUAGAUGAGUUAUGUAAAACCCGGCCUUUUGACGAGGCAAUCUCAUUAUUUUGGAAGAUUGUUCAAGGAAUUUGGCCUGAUUUUUACACAAACUAUGUAAUUGUUGACAAUUUGUGCAAAGGUGAAAAGUUGAAGAUUACAGAAGAUGCUCUUCAAUACCUUUUGGUGCAUGGUUGUCCUCCAAAUGUCCGAACAUAUACUAUAUUGAUCAAUGCACUUUGUAAAGAUGGCUCUUUUGAUGAAGCUACACUCUUACUAUCAAAAAUGGAUACCAAUGAUUGCCUCCCUGAUGCUGUAACUUUUGAUACAAUUAUUGGUGCACUGCUCAAGAAAAAUGAGACCGAAAAGGCAGAGAAACUUCGUCAUGAAAUGAUGGAGAGAGGUCUGGUAAAUAUUGAAAAAAGGUUGAUGUGCGAACAGGGAGGGAAUCUGUGA